CAUUUUCACCCACCGCUCCCUCCUCCUCCUCUCCCCACUCCAAAAACCCCAGCUCGAGCGCCGCGUCGGAGCGCCCUACGAAAACCUCCAUCUCCGGCGGCGAUGGCCGGCGUCGGCACCAGCGGGAGCGGCGGUGGCGGCGACACGGAGAUGGGCGGAUGGUCGGAGCUCCUCAACACCUCCACCAAGCUCCUCGAGCAGGCCGCCCCCACCCCGCACUUCCCUACCCUCCAGAGGAACCUGGACCAGCUCGAGGCGCUCUCCACAAAGCUCAAGGCCAAGACGAUCCGCGCCGAGGCGCCGUCGCAGUCUCUCUCCGCCACAAGGUUGCUGGCGCGCGAGGGAAUCAAUGCGGAACAGCUCACUAGGGACCUCAAAUCGUUUGAACUCAAGACCACCUUUGAGGAUGUUUUCCCGUCAGAAGCUACUUCUGUUGAGGAAUACCUGCAGCAGCUUCAUGAAAUGGCAAUCGUCUCAUCCAUCCAAGGAGCACAAAAGGACAACUUAAAGAGUUUUAACAAUUAUAUGAUGCAAGUUCUUGAGGAUGACUGGCAGAAGGAGAAGAGGGACUUCUUGCAGAGUCUAAGCCGACUUUCUACAUUACCAAAGCGAAACACUAAUCUAGCCAGUGGUUUGUCUCGUCCUGCUCUGAUGUCGGCUUCCAGUCCUCAAGCUGCAUCCGGCCUGCCUGCUAUGGAAGUCAUGCCCAUACCAAACAAGACCAUAAUUGAAAACAAAUCUUCAGUUUAUGCUGGGGUUGUGAGAGAUCUCAAUGAUGCCAGAGGACGCAGCCUGCCUUUUAGUCCUGCCACAGCUUUCAGGGCUGCUUAUGAGUCCUUGUCUGUUGAUGUUAUUGGCGCAAAAUCGGUGACCAUGCAGAAAGUCUGGCAUUUAAUUCAGGCAUUAGUAGGUGAAGGGUCGACUCAUCGAAGCAAUUCAAGAAAAAUGUCACUAGUUAUUGGAGCUAGGCAGCACCUUGAGUGGGGUCAUGAGAAAUAUAUAAUUGAGACCAUCAACAGCCAUCCAGCAUUAGCUGCCCUUGGUGGAUCUGUCGGCAAUCUUCAAAAGAUUCGUGCAUUUCUUCGGGUCCGGUUGCGGGAUCAUGGUGUAUUAGACUUUGAUGCAAUCGAUCUGCGCAGACAACCACCAGUGGACACAACUUGGCAGCAGAUUUAUUUCUGCUUAAGAACCGGGUAUUACGAUGAAGCAAGACAAGUUGCUCAAUCAUCUCGUGUUGCUUACAACUUCGCCCCUCUGCUUGCAGAAUGGAUUACCACUAAUGGUGCUGUAUCAUCAGAGACUGCUCUGACGGCUUCUGAGGAAUGUGAAAAAAUGCUCAGAAUGGGUGAUCGACCAGGGCGUCCGGGUUAUGAUAGGAAGAAAUUGCUCCUUUAUGCCAUAAUUUGUGGUUGUCGACGCCAAAUUGAUAGAUUACUUAAAGACCUGCCAACACUUUUUAAUACUAUAGAGGAUUUCUUGUGGUUCAAAUUGUCAGCUCUGCGGGAAUCCACCAGUGCAUCUUCUUCCAAUGUAUUGAAUGAAAGCUUGGUUCCUUAUACACUGGAGGAUUUGCAAAAUUACUUGAACAAAUUUGAGCCAUCAUAUUAUACAAAGAGUGGAAAAGACCCACUGGUCUAUCCCUAUGUCCUUCUCUUAAGUAUCCAAUUACUUCCAGCAAUUCUUUAUUUGUCCAAAGAAGUUGGAGAAGAAGGGUUCCAUGUUGAUGCUGUGCAUAUUUCAAUUACUUUAGCUGAUCAUGGUAUUCUCCCUGAGGGUGUUGGAUCAGGCCAGAAGAUGGGUGUGAUGGAUGCUUGCGCAGAAGCUGCCAGUAUAGUGAGGCAAUAUGGUUCUAUUUGCUUGCGCAAUGGCAACCUUGAUUUAGCCCUGGAGUAUUAUGCACAGGCUGCUGCUGCAAUGGGUGGAGGACAGGUAUCAUGGAUUGGUCAUGGUAAUGCUGAUCAACAGCGCCAACGAAGUUCAAUGUUGAAGCAGCUGCUCACAGAGAUAUUACUAAGGGAUGGUGGUAUUCAACUUUUGCUUGGUCCAAGUGGAAUGGGAGAAGAAGGAGAACUAAAGAAGUACAUGAUGGAUUGGAGAAGUAGGCAGCAAUUCUUGCUUGAAGCUGCCCAUCGGUGUCAAGAGGCAGGGCUCUAUGACAAAUCUGUGGAGAUUCACAAAAGAGUCGGAGCCUUUGCCAUGGCACUUCAGACAAUAAACAAGUGUCUGUCAGAUGCAAUAUGUGGCAUGGCACACAAUAUGUUAGAUGGUGAAAGUCGUGCUAUUGCUCUAAUUCAAUCUGGCAAUGAAAUUUUGGAAACAUCCAGAUAUUCUUCUGAAGCCAGUGUUCAAGAUAAGGAUCUAAUUUCUGAACAGCAAAUUGUACUGAGACAACUUGAAGCUAUUCUUCACAUUUAUAAGCUAGCUCGUGCUGGACAAACUGUUGAUGCUUUGAGGGAAACCAUCAAACUUCCGUUUCUUCAUUUGGAUCCUCAGUCUCCAAAUGUAGCAAUCGAUGUAUUCAGGGAUUUAUCACCCCAUGUUCAAGCUUGCGUGCCAGACCUCCUGAAGGUUGCUCUAAACUGUAUGGACAAUGUUAGAGAUACUGAUGGGACCCUGCGUGCUGUCAAAUCAAAGAUUGCGAACCUUGUGGCAAGUAACAUGAGCAGGAACUGGCCACAAGAUUUGUAUCAGAAGGUGGCGCAGUGCAUAUGAGUCGUGUUAUGUAUUGGAGCUGCGUGCUAGUGAUCUGGAUUAUCUUUAUUAGCUGCGCCGCAAACCAUCUGGAACAGGUUGUUGUUUGUACUGCUGUUAUCCGCUAGGAUCAUGUUGGCCGCAUGUGCGCAUGAUCUGAAGAGAGGAAAGGUUUCAAGCUCCGGUGGAUGGAUGCGAAUGGUUUUUGCUCGUGGAACCUUAUUGAUAUCGUCUGUUUUGUUUGUAGGCCCUUGUGGCGUGUAAUGAGCGUCAAACACUGAGACUGAAGGAAAAAGAAACUAUACUUUCGUAAUUUAUUAAUCCAUGAUUGGUGGAGCGGCCUCUUGAAUCUCCAAAGACUAGUCGCUUA